CGUUGAAUAUUGCUGAACUUUACGCGGCAGACGCGUUACAAACUACAGUGUGCGACUUGUUAAAUGAAAAUACGCUAUUUCAACCUUUUAGACAGAAGCCUACAAUACGUUGCCUAUAACGUGUUGUGUACUUCCGUGUUGUGCACUUCCACCUUUACUUUUUCCCCUACUCUUUCCACUUGUAUGAAAAUAUAAUCAGUCUUGUUUUGAUAUUUAACUGAAUCGGUCAACAAAUAACAGCAAAAAAUGGCAAGCUUCAUUUGUGAAAUUUGUGAAAAAGUUUUUACUCAGAAGUCGUCACUAAAAAGGCAUACGAGAUUGCAUCACGAUGGUCCAUUAUCAUCAUCGUUGAAGUGUACACCAUGCAACUUAAUUUUUCGCUCUCGGCAGGAAUUGUUAAGUCAUAGACACCGAAUUGAACAUAGUGAAAAUAAAGGAAACACUGUUUAUUGUCCGGAGUGUAAAUCAAAUAUACAGGAAAAAAAUUGGCCACUACAUUUACGUACAAACACUCAUAAAGCAAAUUGUGUUCAACAAAUUGAUAAUAAUAAUAUAAAAUGCAUUAGAUCAUCUUUCACGAAUCGCAUAGCUACAUAUAUAUGCGAAAAUGAAGAUAAAUCAAAUAUAAUUGUGGAAGAUUUUUUAAGUACAAUUAAAGACAAAAUAAUUGAGUUGCUGCAACAAAAUUUACAAAAACAUAUGUCGAUAAAAUUCAAUUUUGAACUGAUUUGUAAUUACGUGUUAAUUAAAAAUGAAACAUCUGAAACUGGAGAGAUAUCGCAUCAAACUAAAAUGCAGAUAAUAGACUCAACAACAACAUCGCAAGAUUUACAACAACAUUACUCAAAUCAUUGUGAUAAGAUAAUAAAGAAAAUGGGUGAGUUUCAGGAGAGAGACAGUGGAUGGACCUUAUUGGAUAUUGCGAAUUUAAAACUAAAUAUAAAUAAAUACGAAUGUUUAAAAGGUUCAAAUUAUAUUAAAUUGCCAGAAAAGAUAAUGCGAAAGAAAGCUUGCAUUAAUAUAAAUAAUAAGGACGAAUACUGCUUCAAAUGGGCCAUAAUAUCUGCAUUAUUUAAAGUAAAAACCCAUGUUAAUUUGUGGAAAUCUUAUGAUAUUAAUGAUAGAAUUAAAGAUGAAAUGAUAACGCUAAAAAACGGAAGGGUUUUAAAUUUUAAAAGUUUAAAAUUUCCCUUAGCCGUUAAUAUGAUAAAGAUAUUUGAAGAAAAUAACCCCGACAUCAGCGUCAAUGUUUUCGGAUUGGAAGGGGACAAUGUUGUGGGUCCGUUCUACUUCACACAGAAAGAAAAGAAAAUCCACAUUAAUUUGUUAUUAUUAGAGGAAGACGAACGGGUUCAUUAUGUGUGGAUAAAAAAUAUAUCAAGAUUGCUGAGAAGUCAACUAACAAAACGUAAAGGUGCAAUAUAUGUAUGUAAUACAUGUCUCAUCCACUUUCAUAAUGAACCAGCCUUAUUAAAACACAAAGAGGGAUGCAACAAAAUGGUUACUAUAAUGCCGAAAUCAGGUGAUAACAUUCUCAAUUUCAAAAAUUUUAAGAACCAAUUGGAUGUACCGUUUGUCGUUUAUGCUGACUUUGAAUGCAUUUUAGAAUCAACAAAUUUCAAGAAUUCUACUAAAGUUGAGUCGGUACAAAAGCAUAUCCCAUAUGCAUAUAGUUACUAUAUUAAGUGUUCAUUUGACUCUAGUUUAGACAAGUUUAGAAUAUAUAGUGGUGAAGAUUCUCCAAAACAUUUUUUUAAAAGUUUAGUAGCUGAUACUUCAGAUAUUUAUAAUAACCAUUUAAGUGUAAAGAAAACAAUGAAUUCUUUAACGCCAUCUCAAGAAAGGAAACAAAAUGAAGAUACAACAUGUCAUAUUUGCGAGAAAUUAUUAGAUAAUGAUAGAGUGGCAGAUCAUUGUCAUUUAACGGGUGAAUACAGAGGCCCUGCUCACAAUAAAUGUAACUUAGAAUAUCAAAUAGCAAAAUUCAUCCCUAUAUUUUUCCACAAUCUUUCGGCAUAUGAUUGCCAUUUGUUUAUUAGAGAACUUUCAUCUAUUAAAGGUGAUAUAAAUAUUAUUCCUUUAAAUAAGGAAUUAUAUAUAUCAAUAUCAAAAAGAAUUUCAGUGAAUGAAAAAGACACAAUUGAAUUACGUUUUCUCGACUCAUUUCGAUUCAUGGCAUCAAGUUUAGAAAAAUUAGCUAGUUACUUAUCCGAUGAUGACUUAAAUAUUGUAAAAUCAGUGUAUAGUAAUAGUAAUGAAUUUAGUCUAAUGAAACGUAAAGGUGUUUUUCCCUAUGAUUAUAUAGAUUCAGAGAAUCGACUUCAGGAAACACAAUUACCUCCUCCUGAAGUCUUCUUCAAUAAAAUGACUAAUGAGUCGUGCAGUGAAGAAGAAUAUCAACAUGCAGAAAAUGUUUGGAGUACAUUCCAGUGUAAAACUUUAUUAGACUAUUUACUUUUAUAUCUCAAAGCAGAUGUUCUUCUACUUUGUGAUGUAUUUGAAAACUUUAGGAAAGUUUGUAAAAACAUUUACAACUUAGAUCCUUGCCAAUAUUAUACUACACCUGGUCUGUCUUGGGAUGCAAUGUUGAAAACUACAAAAAUAGAAUUAGAACUAUUAACAGAUAUUAAUAUGUAUAAUUUUAUCGUUCGAGGUAUAAGGGGUGGUAUUGUUCAAUGCAGUAACCGUCAUUCCAUAGCCAAUAAUAAAUAUGUAAGUGAUUAUGAUUCCUCGAAGGAAUCAAAUUAUCUUAUAUAUUUAGAUGUAAAUAAUUUAUACGGUUAUGCAAUGUCUCAAUACCUUCCUUUUAAAAAUUUUGAAUGGGUUGAAAACAUUGAAAAUUUUAACUUAAAUGAUAUUAAAGACGAUUCUCCAAUAGGGUAUAUAUUAGAAGUAGAUUUAGACUACCCCAGUUCAUUACAUGACUACCAUAAUGACUUACCAUUUUGUGCAGAGACUAAAAAAAUUGCAACAAUGAAACAGAAAAAGUUAAUCACAGAUUUAAACAAUAAAACAAAUUACGUAAUUCACUACAAAAAUCUCCAACAAUGUAUUGAAAAUGGUUUAAUUUUAAAGAAAAUCCAUAGAAUUCUUAAAUUUAAUCAAUCAGAUUGGCUAAAAAAGUACAUCGAUUUAAACAAUCAGCAUAGAACAUUAGCAAAAAAUUCCUUUGAACAAAAUUUCUUCAAGUUACUAAAUAAUGCUGUAUAUGGUAAGACCAUGGAAAAUGUUGACAAGAGAAAAGACAUAAAAAUAGUCAGUGAAUGGGAGAACAGAGGUAAACGAUUAGGGGCUAGAGCUCUUAUAGCUAAACCGAACUUCCAUAGUAAGCUUGAAAUUAAUGAAAAUAUGGUUGUAAUCGAAAUGAGAAGAGCAAAAACCGUAUAUAAUAAACCGAUAUAUAUUGGGUUUUCAGUUUUAGAGUUAUCAAAAUGGAAAAUGUAUAAUUUUCACUACGAUUAUAUGAAACCUAAAUAUCUUGAUAACAUUAAUCUAAAUUACAUGGAUACAGAUUCAUUUAUAUAUGAUAUCAGAACAAAUGACUUGUAUGAUGAUAUUCGAAAUGAUAUUACUACUCAUUUCGAUACAUCUGCAUAUCCGAAAGAUAAUAUUUAUAAUAUCCCGCUUGUAAAUAAAAAAGUAUUAGGAAUGAUGAAAGAUGAGUGCAAUGGCAAAGUUAUUAAGGAAUUCAUUGGUUUAAGGGCAAAAAUGUAUUCAGUUAAAAUUGAUAGGGUUGAAAAAGAAAUUAAAAAAAUUAAAGGUGUUAAACAGUAUGUAACAGCUAAACUAUCAAUUAAUAAUUUCAGAGAAUGUUUACAAGAGAAAAAACUAUAUCAUGACUCCAUGUAUAUAUUUAGAUCUAAGGUACACCAAAUUUACACUCAACACAUACGUAAGUUAACUUUAAGUUAUUUAGAUGAUAAGAGAUUUAUAAGAGAAAAUGGUGUUGAAACAUAUGCAUGGGGUCAUUAUGGAAUUAAUUCAUCAGAUUCUGAAAUAAAACCAUUAAAUUUAAGCGAUAACAGUAAUAUUAUGGAGGAAGAUGAUGAUAUUAUUCUUGAUAAAGAUAUGUAAAUUAUGUAAUUUAUUAGUAAUAUGUAAUAUGAAAAAAAUAUAUAAA